AUGGCAGUGAAUGGUAUUUCAUCAUCUUCGCAGCCCCUCAUGCCAAUUUUUACUGGUGAAAAGUAUGAGUUUUGGAGUAUCAAAAUAAAAACUCUUUUCAAAUCACAAGGAGUUUGGGAGCUGGUGGAAGAAGGCUUUGUGGAUCUAGCAGGCUCUGACGAAGAGGCAGAGAAAUUGAAAGAGAUAAAAAAGAAAGACGCCAAAUCUUUUUCCCUGAUUCAACAAGCAGUUCAUGAUACAAUUUUUUCAAGAAUUGCAGCAGCAACUACAUCUUCUCAGGCAUGGAAGAUUUUGAAGAAGGAAUUUCAAGGUUCAGCUAAGGUGAUUACGGUAAAAUUGCAGACUUACCAUCGCAACUUUGAAACUCUUUCUAUGAAAAGUAAUGAAUCUGUUCAUACUUAUUUGUCUAGAGUUUCUUCUCUUGUUAAUCAAAUGAAGUCUUAUGGUGAAGAUAUAUCUGAAGAAACUGUUGUAGCAAAAGUUUUAAGGAGUCUUACUCCAAAAUUUGAACAUAUUGUUGCUGCGAUUGAGGAAUCUCAUGACUUAUCUGAUUAUACUUUUGAUCAACUAAUCCUAAAUCACAUGAAAAAAAUGAAGAAAAGGCAUUUCAGGUGA